UGUCUCGUUUCAUUCGAAUCACGGAACCACUCGACGAGACGAGACGAGACGGGGAGCGAAUCCAUCCCCAAUCCCACGCAGCGCAGCCACUGGAGGAGGCCACCGCAUCUCCUAGGGUUUCAUUCGCCUCCCCCCACCCACAUCUCGCCCCCCCGCAUCUCCAAUCCAGCCAGGGGCAUGGCCGACGCCGACGACCUGCUGGCCCGGAGGCUCGACUCGGACGCCGACGCCGACGGCACCAGCAACCUCUUCCAGGUCAUGCGCGCCGUCGAGGACGCCGAGGCAACAAUCCGACACCAGCUGGAGGAGAACAGCCGCCUCAAGGAAGAGCUGAUGCGCAAGACCACAGAGCUCAACAUCAUCAGGUCAGAGGCCGCAAACCAAACUUCUUCAGGCGGCCUGGAUCAGGACCGUGCCGUCGAGCCCUACGGAAACUCGGACGGGAAUAACAUGUCGUCGGAUGACCAAAGGUUGCUCCGCAACUCUUCUUCCCUGCCGGCUUCUUCUCAACCCACUCUGCCUGGCCAUCACAAUCGGGAGUACCUGGAUGGAGACCAGCCCGGUGGCAUGUCCCGAAAGCCGUCAGGGGAGCACAUCGCUGCCGAGGCUGGCGUGCGAUCUCACUUCUCUACACCGUCGUCGCGUUCCCUCUCGCCGACUAGAGCCUUUCCUUUCAGGCACCGCAAAGAAGGAGAGUACGAUUCCAGGCUCAACUUAGCUGGGCAAGGUAUGGAGAUGACCUCAAACAUCAUCUGGAAGCAGGAUCUCCUUGUUAAGGUUAAAGAACAUGAAGAAGAGAUUGCACACUUAAGAAGGCAUCUUGCUGACUACUCGGUGAAGGAAGCCAAAAUACUUAAUGAGAAACAUGUUCUGGAAAAGCGCAUUGCAUAUAUGCGAAUGGCAUUUGAUCAGCAGCAACAAGAUUUGGUUGAUGCUGCAUCAAAAGCUUUAUCUUAUAGGCAAGACAUCAUCGAAGAGAACAUCCGUCUGACAUACGCAUUGCAGGCAGCACAUCAAGAGAGAUCAACUUUCGUAUCUUCUUUAUUGCCUAUUCUGUCAGAAUAUAACCUGCAGCCUUCUGUUCAUGAUGCUCAAUCAAUUGUUGGCAAUCUCAAGGUUUUGUUUACGCAUUUGCAAGAGAAACUCAUUAUUUCUGAGGAGAAACUGAAGGAAUCACAGUACCAGAUUACUCCUUGGCGUGCCGAAUCUUCAAAUAAUACAAGUGGUCCUGCGCAGUCACCUCCUCCUGGAAAUGCAUUGGUGGCUUCUAGCCAACCCAGCCUUGCCAUUGUGCCCCAGCAACCAUAUUCUCAUGUACAAUCUCCAAUUUCUUCUCCCGUUCGAGCUAGACGGGAUUGGGAUUUACUGGCAAAUGACAACCGACAGGUCAUCCCAGCCGAGGCUGCCGCGACAAAUACAGAGCAUGGCAAUGCUGGAAGUGGAAGGGCCUCUCCUCCAAGCAGCAACCAAAUUACCAAGGAUGUUUCAGCACAAGGAACUGAGCGUGAUUCUCGUGCUGUACGAUUUAGCUUUGAAUCUGAGGAUCAAAACCCAUCAUUCACAAACCUUGUUAGGAGUGACGCAUCAGAAAACCUGGAGGGAGCUGAAACCCAAGCUUCACAAGAACCUCCUGCAGAGUGGGGUCCUGAAGGCGGACCUAGCUUGGCAUCUGGCCCUGACGAUGGCAACUUGCCUUACCCUUAUCUUCCUACUGUCCUUGAGGAGCCUAGCACUUCUUUCUCUGAAGUUGCAGAGGAUGACCCACUGCCAGCCAUAGAUGGGCUAAGAAUCACAGGUGAAGCUUUUCCUGGAAAAGAACUUCAAGCAAGUGGGUAUUCCAUCAACGGGACCACGAGUUGUAAUUUUGAGUGGGUACGCCAUUUGGAAGAUGGAUCGGUGAAUUACAUAGAAGGUGCAAAACAGCCCACAUAUUUAGUUACUGCUGAUGAUGUGGACUCUUUACUAGCCAUAGAGGUCCAACCUCUAGAUGACCGGAAAAGAAAGGGGGAGAUUGUGAAGGUUUAUGCUAAUGAGCAGAGAAAAAUUACAUGUGAUCCAGAAAUGAAGGAGCUCAUCAAGAAAAUUCUUUCCGUUGGGCAUGUGUCGUAUGAAGUUCUACUACCUGUUAGAUUUAUAGAUAUGUGGGAACCUGCGGUAUUGGCCAUAAAGAGGGAAGGCUACAGCAUCAAGUGUAAUGGACAGCGUGGUGUCGUUAUCACAGAGAAGUUCCAGCAAGCUACAGCCAUCAAUAUCCCUUAUGGGCAUCCUACCGAGUUUUCGAUCCAGUCUGCUGACGGUGCCGAGUACAAUCUCAAGCCUGGAGAAAACUCCCCGUCACGGGAUAGCAUCGUGCUGAUUCUGCGGCUCUUUAGAAUGAAGGCUGUUGAGAAGAGCAAAGGAAGGAAGAAAGGCAUCUUCUUCAAGUAGUGUGGAGUCGAUGAGAGUGUUGUUUGCUUGCUUGUAGCUGGGUAUUUAUUUAUUUGGCCGUGGUCGUACCGAGAUUAUUAUUGGUUGUAGACAGGGAAAUCAAGGAGGAUUAGGUGGUAAGUAGGUAGCUAACUAGCAAUUUCUGGCUUCUCAUUCAUGUGAUGUAUUAUAUUUAUUGUUACGGACUUACAGUUUAUAUUGUAUCUAUCAUCUCUCUGUUUGUCACUCUUCCAUGUGUGUAAAGGAAGUAAGAAAUAUGCAUAUGGUUGAAUUAUUCAA